AUGCCAUCACCUGACGAUUGUGUGAUUGAGGUCGCGACGCUCGAGCAACGCUAUGCCGCCUCGGAAGGCGCUCGACCGGACUUCGCCCCUCAUGCGACACCAGAGGAGUAUCGGAAAUGGUACGACCGCAAGCUGAAGGCCGAGUUCGCUCAGAACGGGCGGUGGAUAGGCUGGGUACUGAUCCAGCGGAGGACCUCUGGACCUGUGCUGAGCUAUCUCGAGACCGUCAGGAGGGACGGCUGGUCCAAGGACGAUGAGGGCAAGGUCGAAAUGACGUCGAUGUACGGGGUCGUCUACGUCUUCACUCCUCCUGCAAACCGAAAGCAUGGAUAUGCUACUCGGCUCCUUCGACAGCUCCACUAUGUCCUCGCCGGCACGCAGGGCGCACUGCCCCCUUGGCCCGAAGCAUGGGGCGCCUUACCCGACCUCCCCUCCACUCUUAAUCUUCCACCAAGCUGUCUCUCCUACCUCUCAUCGGCGGCUCCACUCGGUUUCUACGAACGGGCGUACAUCGGGCCAGACGAGAAUCAUCGGCUCGGCUGGGAGGAACGCCGUACCACCGAGAAUGCCUUCGUCAGGGGAAAACUUGACGGGGUCAAUACAUCCGCCACCUUUGGCGACUCGGGCUACACUGCGGUCGAUAUCUACUACGGCGAGAUGCUGAGCCUCGCGAGCGAAAUGUCCAAGGUCGAGCAGUCCGCUCUCGAGCGGACCACGAUUCCGCCCGGUACCACCGCUUUCCGCGUGGAUCCCACCAGCGAGGGUACGCUUGCCUUCAUCAAGCCUCACCUGCCACUCGGGUGCGACCGAUUUCCCGAGCGCGACACCUCCACCUGGGUCCAUGGCGUCCGCCUUAUCCCGUCCGGACAAUCCCCUCGACCGUAUCACGCAACCGAUCCGAUUUGUCUCUUCAUACCUCACGGCUUCAAAGACGGCGAGCUGCUCAUCACCUACCUGGACGGCUGGGAUGAGCGGCUUGUCAAGCCACUUCUGGCGUAUCUGAGGGAGGUGGGGAGGAAGAUGGACCCGCCAUGCGAUAUGGUCUGGGCGUGGGGUCUGGACGAGACAGCCGGCUUUGUACAGGCGGUAUGCGAGAUGGGGGGGAAGUAUGGGUACAGGGGUGACAAGGCGCACAGGUUCUGUCCGGCCGGAGUGGCUUGGUAUGGGGAUGCUCAGGCUAAGGGGAGAUUGGACGGUCUGCAGGCGUGGGCAUGGCUUUAG